CAACUUCUCGUUUGUUUAUUUAUUACGAAGUUGAAUAAAUCCAUAGUUUCGUUCCAUGGUUAAAUUAUUGGAUUUUAUAUUUCUUAUAUUAUAUAUUAUGAUUAUCAAUUAUAACUAGAAUUAUAAAUACUCUAGUUACGUAUAUGCAAAUUAUAUAUUUUUGUAAUUUUUAUAAUAAUAAUAAUAAUAAUUAUUAUUAUCAUUAUUACUGCCACUGAUGUCAUAAGAACUUUGGUAAUUUUUAUAAAUUUAUUAUGUCAAGAAGAAAAAAUUUGAUAAAUAGUUGGAGUAAUUUAAGUAUAAAUAAUAAUAAUUACCGUGAAUACGACAACGUGGAUUACACACAAUUGACAGAGGCUGACCACAAUGGAUUCGUUGACUCCCAGUUCGCGAGACCGCCGAUUAAAAUUCCAUGGAAAGCAAUUACUUUGGCAUCAUUAUUAUUUAUUGGUGGUUCAGUCAUGUUAAUUAUCGGUAGUUUAAUUGUCAGCGGUCAUAUUGAUACCAAGUACAGUGACCGCAUGUGGCCAAUAAUAAUACUCGGUAUAUUAAUGUUCAUACCAGGUGCUUAUCAUGUACGAGUCGCAUUAAUGGCGUACAGAAAAAUUCCCGGUUAUUCAUUUGAUGACAUACCGGAAUUUGAUUAAUCAUUUAUUGAUUAAUGAUCAAUAUGAAAGAGUUAUUUAUUAUAGACUAUAUUUUUAAUUAAUUUAUUAACAUGUAAUUAUUAAUUAAUGAUUAAUGCACAAUUUAUUUAAUAAAUUAACACUUAAUUAUAUAC